AUGGCAGCGAAAACCGCAGGCCAAGGGGUAAUGAAAAAGAUUAUCCCAAAGGUAACACAUCAUCCAUUUAUGAAAACAGAUAUCCCUGCUGCUAUGGCGUCGGCUGCUCCACCACUCGGCCCACAACUUGGACAGAGAGGCAUUCAGAUUGCAGCAUUUUGUAAGGAAUUUAAUGAAAGAACAGCAAAUAUAAAAAAAGGAAUUCCUUUACCAACAAGAAUAACAGUUUUUCCAGAUAGAACAUUUGUAUUAGAAAUUCACAAUCCACCAGUAUCCUUUUUCCUGAAACAAGCUGCAGGCUGUUUGAAAGGGGCU